AUGUACAGCAUAUGGUUUAUUUUCCUCACAUUUAUUGCAAAAGAUUGUUCGUCACAAGAUGACGAGGGACCCUAUAGAGGAAAGCAUAUAGGAAAGUUGAAUUCAUAUCAUCAUCAGGUAUCAGGAGAUGUAUAUGCUGUGGACGAUUGGACCCUGCUAUUGGUGGACUUUAACUAUGAUGGUACAGGCGAUGACACAUUCUUUUGGGCCGGUGAUUCUGGGCGACCAGGGCCUUUAGGUUUUAUUGUCCCUGAUCAACAUGGCAAGACAAACAUAUUGGAGCGGUACAAUAAUGAAGAGGUGAGAUUACGUCUACCGGACGGCAAACGCGUGUCAAGAUUGAGUUGGUUCGCGAUAUAUGACCUUGCUUCCCAAAACGCUUUUGGUGAUGUAUAUGUGCCAGAGGAAUUUGAGUCGCCAGCGCCGCGUGCGCUCACACCGCUUACACAACUUGGAACCAUAGAGGUGAACAGCGGUCCCGUCCGUUUCCUCGAUGCUAGCACGGUGCUAAUACCAGAACUGCGAUUUGACCCGGGCGGUGAAGAUGUGUACUGGUGGACCGGAGUGGGCCCUCAACCGUCAGCACGGGGUGUGCCACUGCCCGAUGACUUGGGAUAUCUGGAGCCACUGCGAGCGCAUGUGGGCGAAGACGUAAUGUUGCGAUUGCCAGGUGGGCGCUCGGCGGCGGACAUCGACUGGCUGGCGCUAUGGCAUCGGGGGAAUGGGACCGCACUGGCAACUGUACUAGUGCCCGAUUCACUUAACGUGCCACCGGCCGCCGCCACCCUGCAUCCUUUUGUAACCCAACUGCCACGAUGUGAGCAGCUGCAUCGUGAUCUACAGGUCUCCUGGGAGAUCUUUGGUAACCAGAUUUCUAUACAGCUGGCAGGAAUGAUAGGAGAGAAGGAGUACAUGGCGUUCGGCAUCUCGGGCUCGACGACCCGGUCACAGAUGUUGGGAGCCGACGUGAUCGUAAGCAGCUGGGACGGCGCUCUGCAGCGUGGCCUCGCGCGGGACUACAAUGUGAGCGCCGUGGCGCCUUGCGUGCAGGUGUUGGGCGCCUGGCGUGGAGUUUGUCUCGAUACGGUCCUUGGCGGUACGGACUCUGCGCAAGUUCUAUUCGCGGAACGCACCGAUGGUCUCACGGUCAUUACCUACCGCCGUCAGCUGAAGGCCGACGACACCCUGGAUCAAGAGUGGCCAACUGACCGCGCCGUCUUCGUCGUGUGGGCCGUCGGGCCGCUGGACCACCUCGGUGAGCCCGCCUACCAUCGCCUCAGGCCCGCGAUCGACCAUCAGCUCGUAUUGCCCCACGAUUCAAAGUCUCGAUCGCAGUCGGAGUGCCAGCGCUUUUCAAUCGCGCGACCGACACCCUCGCGUCCCUGGGAUCGUGCCGAGUUAUUCGAUCCAGCUUUGCGUGUGUUCGCGUUUAGCGUGGGGCCGGCGGGCGGAGAGCGUGGACUGGCCGCGCGAAUUCCCGCGGCACCGCAACGCGCGCUGUACGUCAACGGCCAACUCGCACCUGACCUGCAGCUCCGGCGUGGCCUGACUUACACGUUCCGCGUCCGGGGAGGCGACGAGCCGCACUCCGCGACGUUGUACCACCCGCUAGUGGUGACGAGCGAAUCUCACGGCGGUCUAGAACGGCUGGGCGACGCGACCCAGAACAAAGUGCGCGUGUUGGCGGGGGCGCGUCGAACGCGACGCGGUCGUUUGAGCCCUCUGGCGGCGGGUGCGCUGUGCCUCGCGGAGAGAGAUCCGACGGCCGACUCGCGCCGCGACGCAUCCUUUGAAACGUUCCGGGCUUUUAACCGUUCAUUGCGCUGGCGAUGCGGAGAAGGCCGUGCCGCGGAGCUGCAGGUGACACCGAACUCGACGUGGCCCGACAUGGUGUACUACCACUCGUUCACACAUUUCGACAUGGGCGGUCGUAUCUUCGUCGUGGACCGUCACCGCAGAAACAUCGCACGUUCGCCCGCUCCUCCGCUUCGUGUCUCGCUAUCACUGAUGCUAGUCGCCCCGAUACUUAUAGCACUCGCUACACAUAUGGUGUAG